AUGGUUAAGAAUGGAUCGUCUUUUAUCAACAGGGACCUACCGUUCUUGUUCCAGUAUUCUAGAGGAGGAAGAGGACUUCUUGCAUCUAGUGGUUUAUUCUGGCAGGAACAGCGACGUUUUGUCCUACACACAUUGAGGAAUUUCGGUUUGGGGAAAAAUAUCAUUGAAGAAAGAAUUAUGUUCGAGUUUGAAUUCACGUGCGAGGAGCUUGACAAGAAAAUGACAAAUGGUCAGCUAUCGAUUCAACCCAAUCAGAUGUUUGAUCUUCUAAUCGGUAACAUAAUCAACCGUUUGAUAUUCACGGACCGCUUUGAAAAAGACCAAGAAUCAACGUUUUUUCGCUUGAAAAACGAUCUGGACAAUAUUUUUGAUAGAUUCGAGCCUUGGGAUGCUCUCAUCAACCGCUGGACUAUGAACAUCCCAUUCUUUCGCCGAAGGGCGGAGGCUCUGUUGCAGCCUCAAAACGACAUUUUGAGCUUUUUACAUGGGCAAGUCAGAAAGAGGCAAGAAUCUAUAGCAAAUGGUCAUCACGUUCUUGAAGGAGAGGGAGACGAUUUUGUGGAUGCGUUUCUCAUUCAAAUGGAAAGAGAGGCAAAAUCAGAAGAGGGCAGUAUUUUCAAUAGAGAAAACCUGGACCAUGUUUUACUGGAUCUGUGGGCCACUGGUCAAGAGACAACUGCCACUACUCUAAUUUGGGCAUUCGUCUACCUUCUUUUGCAUGAUGAGGUCAAAACCCGUGCGACAAAUGAGCUCCGUCAAGUUACCAAAGGAAGCCGUACGUUAUCGCUAGCUGACAAAAAUAAUACGCCAUACUACAACGCAGUGCUGACGGAGAUUCAUCGGUGUGCGGCAAUAUUUCCUACGAACUUACCUAGAAGAGCAGACGAUAAUGUCAGCGUAGGAGGAUGUGUUAUUCCAAAAGGCACUUCUGUUUCAGCUCAGGUCUCGUUGACCAUGUCUGAUGAUAGGCACUUCAAGAACAGUGACCAGUUCAAUCCCGACCGAUUUUUGAAUGCGGACAAAUUGGAACAGCAAGUCAUUCCUUUUGGUAUGGGCAGAAGAGCAUGUCUUGGCGAAUCACUUGCAAGAGCUGAGUUAUACCUGAUCAUAGGGAACUUUCUUCUGCGUUACUCUAUAACAAGUGAUCCUGAACAUCUGCCAUCUAUGUCACCAAAACUUCCUAUCGGUAUCGUUAAAAAAUCUCUCCCUUAUCACAUUGUCUUUGAGCAAAAUAAAAUUUCUACGGUUUCAUAG